CGCCAAGAACAGGAUAUUUUCGUCAGACUAAUAGACUCUGUAACAAAACAAGCAAUUAUCUAUGAAGGACAAGAUAAAAAUCCAGAAAUGUGCCGUGUUUUAUUAACACAUGAAGUUAUGUGCAGCCGUUGUUGCGACAAAAAAAGUUGUGGAAACCGCAAUGAAACACCAUCAGAUCCUGUCAUUAUUGAUCGAUUUUUCCUGAAAUUCUUUUUGAAAUGUAAUCAAAAUUGUUUAAAAAAUGCUGGAAAUCCUAGAGAUAUGCGUAGAUUCCAGGUUGUCAUAGCCACUCAAGUGAGUGUGGAGGGUCCUUUGCUGGCGAUUUCGGAUAAUAUGUUUGUGCAUAAUAACUCCAAACAUGGUCGUAGAGCCAAACGUUUGGAUACAACGGAAGGUACAGGCAAUUCCUCUCUGUCCAUAACGGGACAUCCCUUAGCGCCUGACAGUACCUAUGAUGGUUUAUAUCCACCGCUGCCUGUUGCCACACCCUGCAUUAAGGCUAUAUCACCAAGCGAAGGAUGGACCACUGGUGGUGCUACUGUCAUUAUUGUGGGUGAUAAUUUCUUUGAUGGUCUGCAGGUUGUAUUCGGCACAAUGCUGGUAUGGAGUGAACUAAUAACAUCGCAUGCCAUACGUGUGCAAACUCCGCCCAGACAUAUACCCGGUGUAGUCGAAGUAACAUUAUCCUAUAAAAGUAAACAGUUUUGCAAAGGUUCACCCGGCCGUUUUGUUUAUGUUUCCCUUAAUGAACCUACUAUUGAUUAUGGCUUUCAACGCCUGCAGAAAUUAAUACCACGCCAUCCUGGCGAUCCCGAAAAAUUGCAAAAGGAAAUUAUUUUAAAAAGAGCAGCUGAUUUGGUAGAAGCUUUGUACUCCAUGCCUAGAUCGCCCGGCGGUUCAACCAGCUUCAAUUCAUAUGCUGGCCAAUUGGCAGUGAGUGUACAAGAUGGUAGUGGCCAAUGGACCGAAGACGACUAUCAAAGAACCCAGUCAAGCAGUGUUAGUCCUCGAGGCGGUUACUGCAGCAGUGCUUCUACACCCCAUAGUUCGGGAGGCGGUUCUUAUGGUGCUACAACUACGGCAGCUACAAAUGGUUAUGGUCCUACACCAAAUAUGGGCACAUUAUCCUCUUCACCCGGCAGUGUUUUCAAUUCCACAUCAACUUGUGCAUUUUCGCCAUUAAUUCCAACAGUGUCCUCAACCUGGCAUCAGGCUCUGGUACAACAUCAUCACUCGCAUCCACACCACUACCAUCAUCCGCAUCAGCCUUGGCACAAUCCAGCCGUUUCAGCAGCCACAGCGGCCGUUUAAACAAAACGAAGAUCAAACGUCCCAACAGUCGGCACUGGUCCUGAACGGCGUUAUACAAAAACAAAAAUGGGGUAAUGCAACCAUAAAAUCCUUUAAAUGUCAUAAUCCUAAACUACACAUACAACAAUAAACAUUUGCUAACCAUAUGUCUCUGUUAAAUCUAUAAAAUAUCAAUUUAUAUUUACAUAAGUUAAAUAACUACUGAAACAGUUAGAAAAAGAUCAAACAACUAAAAAUUUAAAUUAAACUAACUAACCAACCAACCCAAAAGAAUCCAAUCAAAUAAAACGACCGUUCAUCAUUUGAGACUAUAAACACUGAAACACUUUAAUAGAAUAGCUACUAUGAUUUCAUUUUUUUUAUUUAUUUUAUUAUUUAGUUUAGUUUUUUAUAUUUAUUUAGUUUUUUUUAUUUGUAUUUUUAUUUUAAAUCAAUUUAAAUUUAACAACAUUUACACUUGCAUCGAAAGCUAGAAUUAUUUGAUACGAAAAAUAUAAUUGCAAAACCAUUGGAAAGUGAAAACACUUUUGCAAUAUUUCAAAUAGUUUUGCAAUAUCUAACUGUCAAAAUUUUAAAAAACAAAUAGAGUGAAAGAGAGAGAAGAAUGAUAUGAAAGAAGUAAAGAUAUCAGCUGUUUGAAAAAUGCAUUAAAAAAUCAGAGAUAGAAGAGUUUUUUAAAAAAAUUAUUAACAAAAUCAAGUAUUUUAUCAAUUUUGUAAGAGAAUUUUGCUGUCUUUCAUUACACUGCAAGUGUAAACGAGUUUAUAUUUUUAUUUUAACAUUUUUUUGUAUUGACUUUGCUUUAUAUUUGUUAUUCAUGUUUGUGUGUUUUUUUUGUUUUCUUUAUAUAUUGCAGGAGUUAGCAGUUUGAGUUUUAAUCCAUUCACUUUGCCCACUUGCAAUACACAAGGCUACAGCAGUUCACAACUAGUGACGUCAACAAAAUAAUAUUACUACUAAUAAAUGACGAUGGGCAGCUUUUUGAAAUAGAAAUAAAACUAAAUAAAAUCUACUGCUUAUUAAUAAAUCGUCAUUCAUUAAAAAAACACACACAUACACACACACAAACUGUGCAAUAUUAUUAUUGUCAUUUAAUUAUUUAUUUAUUUGAAUUUAAUAUUUUUGUUUUACAAUUCCUGUUCCCUUUAAUAUAACCACUUUUCAUGGACAUGAUCAAAACAAUAGCAGUUAUAAAAUAUAAAAUCUAAACAAAAAAUCUUCUAAUUUGUUUGUAAAUAUUAAAAUUAUUUUUUUAACAUUUCAUUUGUUUUCUCCUAAGGUUUAAGUAGUUUAAUUGAAUUCAUAUGAAAUUGUUAAAAUUUCACAUAAUUUUUUUUCUAAAAAAAUAGUGUAAACUUAAAAAAAAAUCAAAAAUCCCAUUAAAAAAAAGAAAAAUUUAAAAUAAUUGUAUACGACUUAAAUAAUACCCUACAUAAUUGUAUACAUGCAAAUUAAUCAAUAAAUAAAAAAUAAACUAAAUUAUAGGUAGUAUGUUUGUAUUUCCAACAUAAUUAAAAAAAUAUAAAUACAUUUUAAAGUCAACAUAUUAAAUAUUAUAAAAUUACCAACGAUACUCGAAAUAAAAUAGUUUAAAAUCAACAACUAAUGAAUAUUUUAGGUAUCGUCAUAAUUAUUAACAAUUACAUAAUAAAAACAUACUACAAUUAGAAUUGUUUAAUUUGUAUAUCAAAAGCUUAAUGCGUAACAACAACAAAAAACACACUUACAUAUUAACAAUUUUUUAAAACAGUUUUCACACAAUUAAAAUAAAUAAAAUCAAUAAAUCAACAUUAUAAAAUUUCACCAUAACACUUAAAAAAUACAAUAUCGUUAUAAAACAUAUCGUUAAAUACGUUAUACAUACUUAAUUAAUUAAAUAAAUA